AUGGCUCGUCGGGUCCAAGAACUCCAUUUUCCUAAAUUAGAUAUUCCUAUAAGAGUACACAAAACAGAACUUGUCUUGCCUGAUUCCGAUAACGUUAUCCCACCACACAAUGGCCAAGAUUGCCUUUACCUGUCCAAUCUUGAUGACAUGGUCGGAGUGCGCGCUUUCACCCCGACAAUAUAUUUUUACGAAUCAAAAGAUCGCGAUGAAAAACCCAUUUUCCAAACACUUAAAGAUGCCCUUGGUAAAGUUUUGGUACCUUACUAUCCGUUCUCGGGCCGGCUGAGAGAGGCGAAAAGAGGAAAGCUCGAGGUGUUCUUCGGCCCAGAUCAAGGUGCUCUUCUGGUUGAGGCCAGUUCAGAUAUUGUCUUAGCAGAUCUCGGUGAUUUAUCUGUCCCCAAUCCCGCCUGGAUAAAGUUGAUCCACACGUUUCCCGGUGAAGAACCGUACAAAGUCGUGGACAUGCCAUUGAUUAUAGCCCAAGUCACCCGAUUCAUGUGUGGUGGUUUUAGCCUCGGAUUGAGGAUGUGCCAUUGUAUGUGUGAUGGGUUCGGGGCCAUGCAGUUUCUCAGUGCGUGGGCCAGCACAGCGAAGGCCGGUUCGUUGGUGUUGAAUCCUAAGCCCUGUUGGGACCGAGAAUUCUUCCUGCCUCGUGAUCCUCCCAAGAUUGAGUUUCCACACAUUGAAUUCAAGAAAAUCGAAAACGGCUCAAACUUAAUCCAACGGCUCUUUCAGGGUAAGCUUGUCCAGAAAUGCUACAAGAUAAGCAGCGAAUACCAAGCCCAUUUGAAGGCACUAGCGCAAGAAGGCGGGAAAUUCAAAUUCCCGUGCACGACCUUCGAUGCUAUGGCGGCCCACGUGUGGCGAUCAUGGGUGAAGGCGCUCGACGUUAGACCGCUCGGCUGCCGCCUCCGUCUGACUUUUUCGGUCAAUGCCCGUGCCAAGCUCAGGAACCCACCUCUCAAGGAUGGGUUCUACGGGAAUGCAUUGUGCGUAGCUUGUGCCGUGAGCACUGUGGACGGGCUCACGGGCGGGCCUCUGAUGGGCCCAGCUUACCUGGUGCAUGAGGCCCGGAUGGCAGUGUCGGAGGAUUACGUGAGGUCAACGGUCGACUACAUCGACCGGCACAGGCCCGAGAGGCUGGAGUUUGAUGGGAAGCUGACGGUUACCCAGUGGACCCGCUUCUCGAUCUACGAGUUAGCCGAUUUCGGGUGGGGGAAGCCGGUGUACGCGGGCCCCAUUGACCUGACCCCGACCCCGCAGGUGUGCCUGUUUCUCCCAGGGGUCGGGGAGGGUGAGUUCGGUGGUGGGGCCAUGGUGCUCUGCAUAUGUUUGCCUGAAUCCGCCUGCCGGAGAUUCGGGGAAUUGUUGAUGAAUGAAUCACGAGCUUAA